CCUGGCAUCACUUAGCAUUGACAGCGUGUUUGGUUGUGCCAUGGCCUCAAAAAAGCAUGUUAUAGUGGGUGCUUGGACUUUGGUCGGAGCUGCUGCUGGCACCAAAUUGUUUCUUGAUCAUGGGAAGUAUCAAAAACUACCUUGCGUUCAACUUGCACUUGAGGAGCUAGCUGCAAAGCGACAGUUCUUGGAACCACUAAAACUCGGCUUGUGGCCAAGACAGGGUCAUUUGGAUGCGAAUGCCGGCCUGAUGAGAGCUCGUUUUCAGGUGUGCGGUGCAGAUGGCGCAAUGGCACAUGUCUUGGUUGGUGCCAAGAGAGAGAAGCAACAUGAAGAUUUGGAAGGUCAAGAAGAUGAAGACCAAGACUGGAAGUAUUAUUGGUUGCGUCCAUGGGAGUUCAAGAAAGCACUCGUUGACAAGAUUCGAUCUAUCGGACGAGGAUCUCUCGGCUCAGCCUUGGAGGAUGACCCUUCACAGUGGAGACUUGAAACAUUGGUAGUUUUGCCUGAUGGUGGUAAAGAUUCUCAGGCUCUUCUCGGCAAUCCCCUCUCACUGCCUGAGUAUGAAGCCUUUUGCCUAAGGCGCGAUCAGAGUUCAAAAGAUGACCUGUCAAGGCGCAGAUUGCAUACAGCUUUGUGCAUCUCCUUCAUGGCAACCAUCCUAGCUGGUGGUGCUCGUUUGGUCCGAUCAGGUCAUGUUUGGCAAAGCCAUGGCUUUGUUCGAAAAGCUGUUUUGGAAGAUCGUAAAAUCAAAGCAGUUCUGGGUCCUUCGCACAUCGAAUCCUGCACUGGAACGUUCACCCCGACCUAUAUCAAUGCACAACUCAAGCUUGUUGGCAAUGCUGGCGCUGUGGCAGACGUGACCGUGGCAGCAAGUCGAGAUUCCUCACACCAAAGUUGGCACAUUGCCAGUGCACGAAUGAAUGUUGGCGGAGUGAUGUGCAAGCUAGACCUGGCCAGAUAGCA